UUCCGUCAGCAUCUGGAGAGGAAAGGGGGUUGGGCCGAGAGGGUCUCCCGGGCGGGGCGGAGGAGGAGAGAGUGCAAAACACAGCCUCGCCCCUGAAACCCUCGAAGCAGCAACGCCCCUCGCUAUAAAUUUGGAGCUGCCUCAGAGAGGACGAUUCCAGCGCCAGUCAGCCAAGGGCCUGAGGCGACUGAGCGCCCGGGCAGACGCGCGACUAGCAGCUCUGCCUACCCGAGACAGCGAUCCACGAGGAGGAACCCAAGCGGACCCCAGGAGUGAGGGCGCACCCUGAGCCGGCGCCGCCAGCUCGGCCCGACGCCGGCGCAGCGUCCCGAAGUGAGAGCGGAUUGAUGUAUGAUAAGCUGAUCUAAAAUGACAGGUUUUAUCUGACUAAGUCAUUGAAGCCAUUCCAGAAGGUCUGCAUCCAGGUGCAUUUGGCAUAGUGUCUGAGACUGACUAACCCAAGAGAUCAAAAUGAUCCUCAACUCUUCUGCCGAAGAUGGUAUUAAAAGAAUCCAAGAUGAUUGUCCCAAAGCUGGAAGGCACAAUUACAUAUUUAUCAUGAUCCCUACUUUAUACAGUAUUAUCUUUGUGGUGGGGAUAUUUGGAAACAGCUUGGUGGUGAUUGUCAUUUACUUUUACAUGAAACUGAAGACUGUGGCCAGUGUUUUUCUUUUGAAUUUAGCUCUGGCUGACUUAUGCUUUUUACUGACUUUGCCACUGUGGGCUGUCUACACUGCUAUGGAAUACCGCUGGCCCUUCGGCAAUUACCUAUGUAAGAUCGCUUCAGCCAGUGUCAGUUUCAACCUCUACGCCAGCGUGUUUCUACUCACAUGUCUAAGCAUUGACCGCUACCUGGCUAUUGUUCACCCAAUGAAGUCCCGCCUCCGGCGCACAAUGCUUGUGGCCAAAGUCACCUGCAUCAUUAUUUGGCUGCUGGCAGGUUUGGCCAGUUUGCCAACUAUAAUCCACCGCAAUGUAUUUUUCAUCGAGAAUACCAAUAUCACAGUUUGCGCUUUCCAUUACGAAUCCCAAAAUUCUACCCUCCCGGUAGGGCUGGGCCUCACCAAGAAUAUACUGGGAUUCUUGUUUCCUUUUCUGAUCAUUCUUACAAGCUACACUCUUAUUUGGAAGACCCUCAAGAAGGCUUAUGAAAUUCAGAAGAACAAACCAAGAAAAGAUGAUAUUUUCAAGAUAAUUUUGGCAAUCGUGCUUUUCUUUUUCUUUUCCUGGGUUCCCCACCAGAUAUUCACUUUUAUGGAUGUGUUAAUUCAGUUGGGCCUCAUCCGUGACUGUAAAAUUGAAGAUAUUGUUGACACUGCCAUGCCCAUCACUAUUUGCUUGGCUUAUUUUAACAAUUGCCUGAAUCCUCUCUUUUAUGGCUUUCUAGGAAAAAAAUUUAAAAAAUAUUUUCUACAGCUUCUGAAAUACAUUCCCCCAAAGGCCAAAUCCCACUCAAACCUGUCGACAAAAAUGAGCACACUCUCCUACCGCCCCUCAGAAAAUGGAAACUCCUCUACCAAGAAGCCUGCCCCAUGCAUUGAGGUUGAGUGACACACUUGGAACCUGUCUGUGAAGUCACCUUAAAGAAGGAGCAAGAAAACCAUUCUUGUACAACACCUCACUACCAAAUGAGCAUGGGCUGCAUUUCAGAAUUAAAGGAGAAAAUAGAUUAUGUGGACUGAACUGACUUGUCUACAGCUCUGAACAAAAGUUCUUUCCCUUUUCAACUCAACAAAGCAAAGCCACAUUCAGCCAUGUUUUGUAUUAGGUAGAUGAUGCCCACUCAAAGAACUGAUGUCAGAAACUGGAUGAAAGUGUUGAUUUGGAAAAUUUUACUGGGAGAAAUGUCCUCUCCCUAGUCUGCUCUUGUUCUGUUAUUUUUGAUUUCCACAUGAAAGUACUUCAGUUCAGUUCAGUCACUCAGUCAUGUCCAACUCUUUGCGACCCCAUGAAUCGCAGCAUGCCAGGCCUCCCUGUCCAUCACCAACUCCCGGAGUUUACCCAAACUCAUGUGUGUUGAGUC